UUUUUCCACUAGUCGGAAAAGCCCGAGAAGUUGCGAUUGCAGCUACCACGAAAGAAGAACAUGAAAUGAAAUAUCUUUUUAUAACUUUAUUCAGACGACAUUUUGGUCUUCAUAUCUUCAAUCACAAUCCACCAGUGUGCACGGUGCAGAUCUAAGAAUUCUGCCUUUAUUCGAUUGCAUCUCCUUUAGUGGAAAUUCAUCAUUGCGUGCGCAGUUUUGGUUGAUCUGUCAGUACAUGUACUUCCGUGCGUGGAUGUUAUUGCGCAUUGAACAGUUCCAGUAUGUCAUCCGAGGAUAAAAGAGCACUUCCUCCUUCUUACGACAAUGUUACCAAUCCUAGUUCCCUACCUUCCUUUUCACAUGGGAACCAGUACAACCAGUAUCAGCCGCCAGCUGGCGCUACAGGACAGUAUCUGGGUUACCAAUAUCCUCCCCAGGAUAGUUCCCCUGGUCCUUAUCCUGAUCAACAAGUCAUGGGUGUUCCACAAGGAUUGACUCACAAUGCAGCGGUCACUCAGCCUGUUACUGCUUUCAUGAUGAUUACACCGCUCGCCAGAGAGGGUUACAUGAUACCGGCCAUUCUUUCUUGUGUCUGUUUUUUUCCACUUGGAAUUUUUGCCAUUUUGGCAGCUCGCAAGGCAAAGACUGCAGCAGCUAACGGAGAUGUAGUAGAAGCACAAGCGCAGUCGAGACGCGUACGAAUGCUUGUCGGCGUUUCCGUUGUUAUUGGACUUUUCAUCAUAGGAUUCUCUAUACUUCAAAUCGUGAUUUCAAAUCGUCAUUGAAGAGUUUUUCGGCAAGCAUACUAUAGAAUAAGAUACGUCCAGAAAAAGAAACUUUCAUAACCGGAGUGUGUAUUUAAGUGAAUAAUCAAGAGGAAUUUGUCUGCCAUAUAUUUUUUUAUAUCUGUUAUAUUUGACCGCUUCUGUACAAGGUGUUCACUUUUCUGUGAAAUCAGAUCCUACCUGUGUAAAUAAACAAAUGGUGCAUAACUUUUUGUUAAACACUCGAUAGCGACCAAAAUAACUUUACACAUUGUGUGGAAAGAAGGAAAAAAUAUUUACCCAAAUAAUUUACAAGAGUUGCAAAAGUCAUUACAGAAUACAAACACUAGUGCAGGUAAAGUGUAGAUAAAUAAAAAAAUAAAGGUAACGUUAAAGAACUUUCACAAACACGGGGUUUUUUCCACACCGGUGCAAGUGACAAAAACCCAGAUGCGAUGAAUGUGAAGGAUAUCUAUCCAGGCUGAAAUCAGAUAUUUAAAAUUUAAUUAGACGUAUGCUUAUUUAAAUCAACAAGUCGCGUGUAGCUUCAUUGUGACUUUAUAUACUGAUUUUGUGUUUUAUCUUAUCAAGGUACAAAUCAUGCGUUUGAGUAAAAUAUUUACACGAGAAUAACUUUAAAGUAAAUCUUCAGUAAUACAUUAAUUUUCUACCUAUUUUCAUUAUCUACAAACAGAUUGCUGUUAAUUUUAAAACCAUAUUUAUAUGUUUACACUAUUGAAACACCGAAUUAAUCGCUUUUAUAACUAAAAGACCUAUGCACUGCUAGAAUUUAUUUUUGUAUUAAAAUUUUUUGUCAUUGAUAAUAUACGGUGCAGUAUUCUUAAAUUUGCUGACCUAGAUACAUACUGAAAAUACAGAUGAUUUUUUCUUAACUGAUGGAGGAUCAUGAUUUACUUGAAUGUACAUUUACACUACAUGUGCUUUGGUUUACUGUAAACCAUUAUUCACGACGAAUUUAUUUCAUUUUUACGAUCAAGCCUUUUGUAUCUGUCAUUGAUAAAAAAAAGAGACUUUUAGGGUUGGUUGGCGGCGAGAAAUGUUCUCAAAGUCGAGACUCUCGCACGCGAACAAUAGUUGGUUUACAGUAUUUGAAAUCCUUAAAUUUUCAUUUUAACUUCAUUUUCUUUCCUGUCUGUAUUUAUAAACCACUUUGAUAUGCUUUGUCUACUUUCUUAAAUUCAAUAUCGACAUAUUUUAUACCUAAUUAACUGAAUGAAAACGAUGUAUUUUGAAUUUUUUUAAAUAA